GAAGAAAACGAAGAAGAAGAAGAGGAAGAGGAGCAGUGAGCGGCUUGUAACCGACAGCAGAGCUCCGGAGGAGGAAUGGGCUGCAGCUACAGCAAGAGGAAAAGCAAGAAGGGAGAGAAGAACCAGAAGGACCAGAGCUGCCGACAUGAAGGAGGUAAACGGACGUCAGGUGAGCCGGACGUCUGUCUGGAGAAGCAGCUCGAGCGCUUUGAGUGGCAGCUGAGGAUCUUAAGGUCGGCCAAUGGGAACCCGGAGAGGGCGGAGCUUCUGAGAGACCACACGGACAAGGAGGUGUGCUCGCUCGUCCUGAGCCUCCUGGAUAAGGUGAAAACGGAGACGACGGCCGAUUUGAACGUCGUGCACGAACAGAAAAGUAAAUCUGCGACUGAAGAACACGGGAGAAACGUGGAAGAACUGCGAAAGAAACACGAGCAAGAGAAAACUGAAGUGACCGAAAAGUUUCAGGCUGCUGAGAACGUCCUCAAGGGUGAAGUGGAGCAGCUGACUGCAGAUCUGCAGCUUUAUAACGAUCUGAAGAGGAGAGUGGGGGAGUCGACGUUUAAGAAAGACCUGCAGAGAAACAUUCAGGCCCAUGGCAGCCCAGGUGCAUUCUGGGAGUCGGAGCAGGAGUCCCUGCUGUUUGUGAUCGAGAUGAAGAGCGAGCGCGUGCAGGAGCAGAGCAGGAAGCUGCAGCAGAUGGACGAUCUGGUGGAGAAGAAUCUGUCUCUGGAGGAUCAGAUCGUCCACAUCCUGCAGCAGAACGAGGAUCUGAGAGUCCGGAUAGACAACUGUCAGAGCCUCAUUCAGCAGCUAUCAAAGGAGCAGCAGGACCUGAAGGUGGCGCUGGAGAGGCAGGCCGUCAUCAACCAGAAGCUAUCUCUGGAAAAAGAGCAGCUGAUGUUCAAACUGAGACACAGAGACUCGUGUCCGACCAUCCACCUGCCCGCCAUGAUGCAGGAGAUCGCCCCCAGGUGAUCCCGUGUGUCCCUCAAUGUAGAUAAAAACCGGUCCAGGUAACUGGUUUUACGGCAACUAAAGCUGCUGGUCCCACCGACCACUUGGCUGUUAGAGGUUGCAUCGUCUGCAGGUCUUGGGUUCAAGUCCCCAAGGGCUUUAAACUGGAUCUACAACUAUGAAUAUUUUCCAUUUUCACUGCAUCUCCACUGGUAAAUGUUCUUACUUUAGCACGCAGCUGAACAACAAUGAUUCCGGUCCCUGAAGUAGCAUCUCAACAACUCUUAAAGCUACACCAUCUGUAUCGACCUCAAGACUAUCUUCAGGUAACGGAGCGGCCAAAACAAUCUGUUUGUAAUUCCUUUCAAUAUAAUAUCAGUUGAUUAUUUGACGUUGUGACGGUUAAAACCUUUUUUUUUGUUCUGUCAAUUACGAGACAAAGAUGGACGGAAA